AUGGCUUUGGUACCUCCUGUUGACAAGGAUGGCUUCUCCUAUGCGGGAGACUCGCUCUUUCGAGAAGCCAGCAACCUCAACCGCCACCGUCGAGCGACAGUCUCGGAGCUGAAGGUACACUUUGCAGGCAAAGACACCGAUAACAGGCCUGCUCACUGGUACGAGGCUCAAUUGCUUCACUAUGGUCUUCCUGGCAGUAAAGUCAAGGGCAUAGCUUUUAAACGUCUCUUUGAUGCUGUGAUGGCUAAAGGCGGUCUCACCGUGCCAGCUCACAUCCAGAAAAUCGAGGCAGAUCUAAAGAAGGAGUGGAACAAGAGAGAGCGGGAGGCCAAGAAGGCCCACAAAGAGUCCGAGGGCAGAGGCACCAAACGCAAAGCUGACCAGGUUUCCACCAAUGUCAGCGUCAACGUCUCUGUCCAGGUCUCCAGCACUGGAGCUGUCCAGGUCCAGGCUGCCCAGCCGUCGACGAAGAAGUCAAAGGCAGGUCCAACGGGAACGGUCACCUCUCAGAAGGCUGCAAGCUCUACCACGCCCAAGGGGAAGAAGACAGCGACUCCUGCGGCCAAGAAGGCGGUCACUUCCUCCACAACCACAACCAAGGCUAAGAAGGCACCUGCCACCAAACCUGAGAAGGCCAGCCCUGCGCCAAAGCCAAUCAAAGCUGCCGACAAGAAACCAACUCCAAAGACGCCUCGCCCAUCCAAAUCAAGUACUACACAGGCGUCUGGAUACAUGAUCGGAGGAUCGAGCGGAGGUUACGACGAUGCUCCCCCUCCUUACUCUGAGACUGAUCCUGGUUGCGGUCCUGGAUUCCAGGCCAGCCUUCAGCGGUCUAUCGGUCUGCUCAACGGAAGAUACGAGGUUGACUGCCCGUACAUGGCGCACAAUUUCCCCGAGUCCAGUGACGACUUUGGUAUCAUCGCGACGCUAGACGGCAACAAAAUCUGGUUGAAGUUUGACUUCGGCCCAGUUGUCGGAAUCAUGAAGGUAGACCGACCAUACGAGCCGGAUGAGGAUGAGGUCGGAGCUACGGUGCUGUGGCGUGGGGAGUCCGCCGUCGAGCAACAGGACAUCAACAUCGACACCGUCCCUCGUGCCGGCGAGGCGAAUAGGCUGUAUUUCUUGGGCGGUGGUCACAUGCGAGGCACGAUUGCAUACGACUGGCGAGUAAUCGAGUUCGAUGCUUACCGAAUCCCAGGCCAGUCUAUGACCUCCGAAAUCAGCCCCAGUCAAGCACGAGCCGAGUGGGCGAGACGGGGCCAGCACUGGUGA